AUUUUUCUUUUCAGAAAUGGCAUCGGCAGCUGCAGAAUUAGUGGCGGAAAGGGAACCAGAAUUGAUGCGAGAGAUGGUUGAUGGAAACCGAACUUUAGUUGGUGCCCAAGGAUUGGUCAAAUUAGCAAUUGAACAAUAUAUGGAGAUAUUAGCAAGUGCAUCAGAUCCACGUGUUGGCAAUUGGCCUCUUAUGGAAUCCCCAAUACCUACGAUCCUCAUAGUACUACUAUAUCUUUAUUUCGUAACAAUAGCAGGUCGUCGUAUUAUGUCCAACAAAAAACCUUAUCAUCUAAGAAACGUUCUCGUUGCUUACAAUGCCUUUCAAGUGAUAUUCUCUCUGGGAAUGCUUUACGAGCACUUGAUGUCCGGAUGGUUACUUGACUAUAGUUACAAGUGUCAACCAGUCGAUUAUUCCCACAAUCCGUCUGCCAUAAGAAUGGCUAAUCUUUGUUGGUGGUAUUUUGUCAGCAAAUUUACCGAAUUCGCUGACACGAUUUUUUUCGUAUUACGAAAGAAGGAGAGUCAAGUUACUUUUCUACACUUGUACCAUCAUUCAUUGACACCAUUGGAAACUUGGAUUUGUGUUAAAUUUAUCCCAGGUGGACACGGUACUUUAGGAAAUCUAAUAAACAAUGCGGUACACGUGGUCAUGUACGCUUAUUACAUGUUAGCUGCCAUGGGACCCGAAUAUAAAAAAUAUUUAUGGUGGAAAAAACAUCUCACGACGAUUCAAUUAGUACAAUUCUUUUUAGUUUUCGUACAUAGCGCACAGGCCUUGAUCUUCGAUUGCGGUUAUCCGAAAUUGGUAGCAAUCCUUUUAUUACUUCACUCGACGAUCUUCUUUAUUCUUUUCUCCGAUUUUUAUCGACGUGCCUAUCGUAAAAGGAAAUUCAUCGAUAUAAAGAAAGUGGAUUAA